GUAACAAAGCCUGUAAUAUUAUUUUGAUACGCCAUUUGAGUUUUGAUACCUAUACAGAUAAAAUGUUGAGUUAAGUAAGGUGCAACUUCAGUUGAUAAUAGUUUCAUUAAUUGCUGUUACGUUAAAUUUGCUGAUCCAAUGGAACCGAUACGCAAUUUAUACUACGAUGACGACUGAUUUACUGUAAAAUGGCAGAUCCUGAACGGAGAAAUUUAUUAAACGUGGCCAACCAAAAUCUAUCUACUUCGUCUUCAACUGCUGAUGCAGCAUCAACUUCCAAUCAAUUGUCAUCAACUGCAUCUUAUGUCGAAAAUGAUACUCAUGAGGCUUAUUUCCUCAGAAACACAUUGAUUCAAUGGAAUCUUCAAGAAUAUGUUGAUAUUUUCGAACGAGAAAAAAUAACCAAAGAUGUAUUACUACAAAUGCCAGAUGAUCACAUUAAAGAACUCAUUCCUCUUUAUGGAGAUCGUCAUCGAUUUAUACUUAAUAGGAAGCAGUUAUUAAAAGAGCUUGAACCAAGGGCACCAGUAGAAAUUGCAUAUGUGCCUGGAAAUCAAUUGAAAAGUCUUUUAAAGUCAUCAGUCCAAGGAAAAUGCAUUCUUGAUCAGUCACAUUUAACCGAGAAUGCUGACGAGUUAGCGAAGAUUAUUGGGGAUCAUAUAAUAUCUCAGAAUAAAGGAAUAUAUGGAACAAAAGAACAAUAUUUAAUCUGGAGAAAAGAAAUUCAAGCUAUUUGGCCUGAUGAAAAUGUAACAGAUUGGUACCAACUUGGCCAUAAACGUAAAGCUCCUUCUGGUAAAUUAUAUAACCGAAUCACUAACACUGCCAGCAAGUAUAGGUCAACAUUUAAAAAAUUAAAAGUAAAAGAAGCAUCAGAAAAAAAACAGAAGUUGGUGGAAUCCAGUCAAGUAUUUAUUCGUCAAUUAGCCAACGUGUCUUUAGAUGAUAAAAAGACAAUUUUAUAUCUGUGGGAAAAAACUCACGAGUAUCGAAGAGAUAACAUUGAUACUAUUUUCCUUUACUUUGAAAAUUAUAUGCAACUCAGAACACCAUUCGCGAAAGAAUUGUUAGAGUUAGAUUUUAAGUUAUUAGACAUUGCCGAUCCUAAAGCAUUAUUGAAUAGGUGGCCGAUACUGCACAAACAAAUUUUGCAAAUCGCAAAAUCUAAAAAAGUGUGUACGAAUUUUUUUAUUACUACUGACCAAGUACCACGUGAAGUUUUAGCUUGGCAAGUGUUGCCUUAUUUAUUGAAGCCAGUAUCAAUGAAAGUAGGUGUAAAAAAAGCGUGGAGACCAUCUAAUGCUGAACAAGCUAAUGGAUUUAUAACUUGGAUUAAUACCAUUGAUCAAUUAGAUAAUGCAAUCAAAACCCAAGAAACUUUGUGUGUCAAGUAUAAAAUUACACGUCAGCCUUUUGUUAUCGCUGUGGGACCUUUGGAGAACAUUGUAGCGGCUUAUACAAUCAUAAAUGAUGAAAAAAUCAAGUGUGAUAGUGUUACUAGUGCAGUUGAUUUUUGUUUGAAAGCUUCUUUUGCUCUUAAUACUCAGUACACAACUUCAAGUGCUCAAGUUUGGUCAUUUAUAGAAAAGGAAAUCUUCAUCAUUCAGAGUAAAAAAAGAGAGUCUAACGAAAAUUCGGAAAUUAAUUAUCAAAGCGUCAGUAAACUGCAAAAAGUGUUACGAAACUUAGCAUCGAAUGAAGUUCUAGAACCGGAAGAUAAUUCAGAUGUGAAUGAAGAUUGAUUCAUUAAGAAAGGAAUAGUUUCUUUAAUUUGGGAAAUUGUUGUCUUGUCAAAUAUUUUUUAAGAGACUAUAAUUUUUUUUUAAAUAUCAGGUAACCAAUCUUCAGCAUAGCUAAUUACUUCUUAGAUAAAAUAAUGAAACUUUUUGUUUUAUUUUAUCUUAACAAUAGUUUAUAAAAACUCAAAAAAUCUUCAUUUUUAUCUUGUGAACGUUACGCUACCUUAUUUGUGACAUAAAUAAUUCGUUAAAUGUUAUAAUUAAAAGGUUCAAUA